CCUCGUCAGCCACACCUCCGCCUUCAUAACCCUAAGAGAAACCCCGUCGCGGUCAUGGCGGCUGUCGCCCAGCGGAGGGCCUCCCAUCUCCUCUCCCGACUCCUUCCGCGGUCGCCGCUCUCUCGCGACCGCGGUCCCCUUGCUCGCCUCACGGCCGCCGCCAUCGAUGUUGCCCACCCGGCUGCCCCCGCGCUGCCGUGGCUCUUCGUGGCCCGUUACAAGACGACUUCCGGCUCCGGAUACUCCCCGCUCAACGACCCGUCCCCGAACUGGAGCAACCGCCCGCCAAAGGAGACCAUCCUCCUCGACGGCUGCGACUACGAGCACUGGCUCAUCGUCAUGGAGUUCCCGGAGGGCUCUAAGCCGUCCGAAGACGAGAUGAUCGGAGCAUACGUCAAGACUCUCGCGGCCGUCGUCGGUUCUGAGGAGGAAGCAAAGACGAGAAUCUACUCUGUUUCCACCACAACGUAUACCGGAUUUGGGGCUUUGAUCUCCGAGGAGCUCUCUUACAAAGUUAAAGGAUUGCCUGGAGUGCUGUGGGUACUGCCUGAUUCUUAUUUAGAUGUGCCCAACAAGGACUAUGGAGGGGAUCUAUUUGUCGAUGGCAAGGUCAUACAUAGACCCCAAUUUAGAUUCACCGAGAGGCAGCAGACCAGAACCAGGCCGAGACCACGGUACGAUAGACGACGAGAAACAAUGCAAGUUGAAAGAAGGGAACCAAUGAUGAGAGGCACUUCGGGGCAGAAUCAGGGUCAGUCCGGCCUUCAUCAGCGGUCUGAAAUUCCACAAGGAUGCGGCAGUGGCAAGCAAGAAUAAUAGAAUGGUCCACCAAGAAAAGGUCAUAGAGGUUGCUUGGUUCAUGAGUCUUCUGCCAACCCUUCAUCUGGGAGGAUUCACGUAUGCAAUCUUAUCCGAGUUUAUCUACUUAACGAUUUGUAUUUUAGUGUGUUCAAUUACCAAUUAAAGUUACUUUGCCUAAUGACUAUCCAAAACGUUAUCCUCAGAUCAUAUGAAUUUAUGAUUACCUCUUUGAAUCUGGUGAUAUUAAUUCCUAAAUUACUGAUGCCUGUUACAUGUUUGGAUGGUCUUGUUCUUACUGGCACACUUGUCCUUGAAUUGUUAGAUUUUAUGAUAA